GUCUCAUUGGCCAAAAAUCCGGAAGUAAUUGAAACGGCGUUUUUAACCUGUUUGGAGUUACUCACCACAAAGCAGUUAAUUCGCCUGACACUCGUCGGGAAAUAAGAUUCCAUUUUUUUAAAGUUUGGCGGAGUAUGCGGUUUUUCGACAACCAUGGACGAAGUGACAGGAGCAGAACUCAUUGCCGAGUCUCUUGUGAAACAGAACGUGAAAUACAUGUUUGGGAUCGUCGGUGUUCCUGUCAUUGAAGUCGCCAUGGCUGCUCAGGCUGCAGGGAUCAAAUACAUCGGCAUGCGCAACGAACAAGCGGCGUGUUACGCUGCGUCCGCCGUCGGGUACCUCACUGGGAGACCAGGUGCUUGCUUGGUGGUGUCGGGACCUGGACUCAUUCAUGCUCUGGGGGGAAUGGCCAACUCGAACAUGAACUGCUGGCCGGUGGUUGUUAUUGGGGGCUCUUCAGAUAGAAGCCAAGAGACGGCGGGGGCCUUUCAAGAAUUUCCUCAGGUGGAAGCGUGUCGUCUGUAUAGCAAAUUCUCUGCGAGGCCAAGCGGUCUGGAAGCCAUCCCUUCAGUGAUUGAGAAGGCUGUUCGCACAAGCAUGUAUGGGCGUCCGGGCGCUUGUUACGUUGACAUUGCGGGGGAUAUGGUCAAUGCCAAAGUGGAUAGGAGCAAAGUCAGAUUUGUCCACGCCUGCACGCCUCCUCCCAUCUGUUUGGCCCAACACGAUGCAGUGACGGAAGCAAUUGCUGUUUUGAAAUCAGCCAAACGACCUUUAGUCAUCAUUGGCAAAGGUGCAGCCUAUGGCCGAGCGGAAGUCCCCCUGAGGGAGUUUGUGGAAUCGAGCAAGCUGCCGUUCCUUCCUACCCCCAUGGGGAAGGGAGUGCUGCCCGACGAUCACCCCAAUUGUGUGGCGGCUGCACGCUCAAGAGCGCUUCUACAGACAGAUGUUGCACUUCUUCUUGGAGCGCGACUCAACUGGAUCCUCCAUUUCGGCCUGCCGCCGAGAUUUGACCCCAAUGUCAAGAUCAUCCAGGUUGACCUUUGUCCUGAGGAGAUGGGAAACAAUGUAAGGCCUGCUGUUGCUCUCCUGGGGGACGUCAACGCUGUUGUCAAGCAGCUGCAUGAGUGUCUAUUGAAAGAUGGCUGGAAGUAUCCUUCUGAAACAGAAUGGUGGCGCACACUAAAGGAGAAAAUGGACAGCAAUGCAAAAAUAUCAAAUGCUCUCGCUCUCAGGUCAUCGCUACCCAUGAACUACUACACGGUGUUUCACCACAUCUCACGGCUGCUGCCACGUGACUGCAUAAUUGUCAGCGAGGGCGCCAACACCAUGGACAUCGGACGCACUAUGUUGAGUAACUUUUUACCACGACAAAGGUUGGACGCCGGCACAUUCGGAACGAUGGGAGUGGGCCCUGGUUUUGCAAUAGCUGCAGCUGCCGUGGAGAGGAGCGAAAAUAAAGGCCGGAGGAUUGUCUGCGUGGAAGGGGACAGUGCGUUUGGGUUUUCUGGGAUGGAGGUUGAAACCAUGUGCAGGUAUAGCCUACCGAUAGUCGUGAUUGUGGUGAAUAACAACGGUAUAUACAGCGGAGUGGAUCCUGAGACGUGGAAAGAAAUGGAAAAAACUGGGGAUGUGACCAUCAUCGCGCCCCCCGUGAGCCUCCUGCCCGAGGCGCGCUACGAGCAGGUGAUGUCAGCAUUCGGCGGGCGCGGUUUCUUGGUGAGGACGGUGGAGGAGCUGCGUAACGCUUUGCAGCUCAGCUUGAGCGACUGGAACCGCCCAAGUCUUCUCAACGUGCUCAUCGACCCUUCAUCAGACAGAAAGGAACAGGAGUUCCCUUGGCUGACCCGUUCCAACUUGUAGAAAGGAAGUGAAUCUAUUUUGUUAGAACUGCUGGAAACCUGAAAACAUGAUGGUAUCUAAAUAAUUGAUUAUUAUUUUUUUUUUAUUAAUUAGCACAAUAUUGUUUUUUUGUUUUGUUUUUUGGGGGUGCGGUCAAUGACUGCCAAGCAACAGGUGGCUUUUAAUAUUUUACCUACAGUAAAUACAUCUGUGUCAGUUGACUAAUACAUAUAUUUCUGCAAAUGUGAUUGAUUUUGAAUUGCAUGAAAUACUGUAAUUGAGGCCCCUUGGUGUGGAAUGCUACAUUCAUUUUUGAAUGGAAUAUUAUUUCAAUUCAUUGAAUAUUACUUGGGCAAAAGCAAGAAUUUAUUAGACCACUACCCUGAAAAUGAGAAGAGACCAUCCAGGUUUAUGAAAUGCAAAAGAUUCCAGUUUUAUUGUUUUACUAUUUCAAACUGAAGUGAGGAAUUUUAAAACUCACUUCAGCUUUUUAUACCCGAAUUUGUGAAUCCAGCAUUACCUUCGGCCAAUGAAACUCUUGUUUUUGUUUUGAAAAAAAAUUAUGCAUGCCAUUUGUCAUUAUAUUUUGUAAAUCUUACAUUGGGUCCCCCCCCCCCCCAAAAAAAAAAAAAAAAAAGUGAAUAACCGGUACCAGUGCUAAAGAUGGUGCCUUUUAUUAACCAAAAAAUAAUAAUUCAAAUUUAUGGAUUGAUACUAUUGCAAAAACAUUUUUACUGUAUUGUAUACUUGUAGUUUUGAGAUAAAAAUUUAUUACAAAUAUAUCUGAAUUUACAUUUUGA